AUGCACCUCAAAACCCUCCUCCUCGCCCUGACCAGCACUGCCCUGGUGCUCGCCGACGACAAAGCCACCACCGCCCCCUUCUUCGGGGCAGAGGUAUCCAUCUGGCAGCCGACGUACUCCGGCAUAGCAGGCAGCGUGGCGGGGAUCAACGCGCGGGAAACCACCUACCACAUCAGCUGCACGAAGGACGCGCCCAAGUCACUCUGCCAGAUCGAAAAGCCGUGGACCAUGAUCCAGGCCCAGGAAUCCUGGAGCCUGACGGGCGUCUACACGGCCUGGAGCAGCGAGAAGGACGCCGUGACGGCCACGCAGGACUACUCGUGCACGUUCAAGCACUGGUCGGAGUCGGCGUCGUGUGCGUUGACGAUGCAGGCGACGGGCACGAUGAAUGGCGGGUCGUGGUCCAGUUCUACGUCGACGAAGGUUAGUGUCGCCAGUAAUAAGGUGACGACUUACGGGUUGUUGGUUACUGGGGGCGUGGAGUCGUUUACGAUGCCCCAGGCGACGCAGACUCCUGGCGCGGCUGUCGUGGGUGUGCCCGUUGCGAGGGCGGUUGCUACUGGUAUGCCGCUUGCUGGGGCGGCGGCUGUGGCUGUUGCGGCGAUGUUUUAG